AUGGCGGGCGGUCAAGGAGCCUCGAAGCGUGCCAACAUCAAAAGAGCCAAGCAAAAGCAGGCAUACAAGAAGGCUUUGAGGGCUCGCCAGAAGUUCGAGGCCUCACUGCCGAGAGUGUCAGAGGACGAUCUCCUAGCUUUUCAAUUCAAGCACUUCGGCGAUGACACUGCACCGGAGAACUGGUUCAUCGACAAGGAGACUGCCAUUAAGGGACCUCUUCUUGACGACGAGCUUGGCUACUACGACGAUGGUGUGAAGCGAACCCUUACCGACGAACAGAUCGCGAUCUUUCGCAGGACCGAGUUGUGGCAGAUGAAGCAAGAGCAGAAGGAAGAAGGAGCCGAAGAUGAAGAUGAAGAAGAAGAGGGAGAAGACAAGGCAGAGCGCGCGAUGUCGCCAGUAUCUGAUGUCUCGAGUUUGGAGGAUGACUUGCUUGCUUACGCUACGGUGAAGCGAAAAGAGCAUCUUUCACCGCCGAAGCAACCAGCUCGAAGAACCUCCAGCAACUCGCGCAGCGACACGACCGCAUCAUCUGCGACACGAAAGAGACAAAGGGAAGAGGAGGUACCAUACGAUCGACGACACAAGCGCAAAUGGGAGGCCUAUGUCGGAGAUGUCGACCCUGAGCAUGGCUCGCUUACACAACGCCGAAUGGCCCGCGAGAUGGAUGACCAACAAACUGAGCCUGUUGAUCUGGACUACUAG